AUGGCCAUGGACCAUUCGAUCAUAGAGACCGCAGAUUGCAGGCGACAUGGCUACAUCCUCACUGAUAAAACACUGGGGUCAGGCACAUUCGCAAAGGUCAAGCUGGCAAGGGUCAUGGAGAAAAAGAUAUCGCAGACACCAAAAUUAAGAGAUGACUUAAGAACCAAAGGACAUAAUAUGGUUGCAAUAAAAAUCAUCUCAAAGAGGGAUGCUCCGAGUGAGUACUUAAAGAAAUUCAUGCCAAGAGAGAUAGAUUCUAUGAGAAUAACACACAAACACGCACACCUAGUAAGUCAUCAUUUGAUCCAACUUUACGAGUUCUUCCGAAGUGAACGAGGAGUUUAUCUUGUCUUGGAGUAUGCUGCUAAUGGUGAUGUUCUGUCCUACAUUAACGAUAGCGUCAUUGAGACAGGCAUGGCGGUGCAGGAAGACAAGGCCAGACAACUUUUUCGUCAAAUUGUGUCCGGGGUUACAUUCUGUCACGAUCGGAAUGUGGUUCACAGAAGUAAUUUUCUCGCGCUAAUACUUCCUUCUCCUCUAAUUUUCUCAUCAGAUUUUGGCUUUGCUUGUCGUUUUCCUUCAAAUCGUUGCAACAUGCUAUCGACUUUCUGUGGUUCUUAUGCUUACGCUGCCCCGGAGAUUCUAGCGGCUAAAAACUACGACGGGAAACUAGCUGAUGUUUGGAGUCUUGGGAUCAUUCUAUAUGCCUUGGUGAACGGACGUCUUCCAUUCAAUGAUCAAAACCUCAACACACUCAUGGAUCAAACCAAAAAGAAAGUCAAAUUUCAGCCUUGGGUUUCGAAAGUAACAUAG